AUGCCUGAUCAAUAUAAUCGCGAUUGGUUUGCCCUUGGUGACCAACAAACGUUGGACGCCUACUACGACAACACCACCUACCAACUUGUGCUCAACUACUACUCCUAUGAUCAAGGCUAUUGUGGUUCAGGCAUGAUCGGGACAACGAUCUACAUGAAGUGCGGUAGAGAGAAUGCAUACAUUAGUGAUACCAAUUUGAAUGAUUGCAACUUCACACUCACCUUCACGUCUCCGGCUGCCUGCGCUUAUCCCGCACCAAUUUUGACAUCCAUCAUAUUGACUGGAGGCGACUCGUUCGAGAUCAAUGGCUCGGGCUUUGGAAACAACGUCCAGGAUAUCAAUCUCUACGACUCACUUGGCAACUCAUACAGCGACUUUACCUUGGAGAAUGGCGUGCUGGUCGUUACCAACUUCCAUCAGCCCGACGCUUUAAUCUCUCUGUGUGUCACCGUUACUGGAGUGAAUGGCUCUAGUGCAUGCUCGAACGAACUCGAGCUCCGGUUCCCAAUUUCUUUGAACCAGCUAUAUGGCUCGCCACCAACCAGCGGAGGAAAUGUCACCAUCACCGGUAGUAACUUGGUUAUUUCAGCAGACACUGCUGUCAACUUUGCCUUUGUUGGAUCAAAUAUUCAGGCGAUUUUGAACCAAUCGGCAUGGGUGAUUGGCAUACCAAGUGGAUCAGGAACCGGUUUGACAUUGAGUCUUACGAUCGGUGGUCAAGUCACAAACAAUCUGUUCGUCUCCUACCAACCUCCAACGAUCACCUCCUUCCAACAAUCAACUGAUGGUUCUUUAACGGCUGAGAUCUGUGGCCAGAACUUUGGUCCAACUGUUGACCAAAUGCAAGUGUUCAUUGGGUCAUCUCAGGUCCAGUACAACAUCGAGUACACAGGCUGUGUGAUGGCAUCAAUCCCCAGUGGCGCACUAAAUGGUGCGGCAGUGUCAGUGAUGGUCGGAGGACAAGGUGCCAAGUAUUCGGGCGACAUCAAGUUAAUUCCUCUGGUCACGUCGGUGACACCCAUUCCACGUGGAGGUGGAACGAUAACAAUUCAAGGCAGUCUGAUGUCCACCAUCGAUGCCAAUGGUCAACAACUCGACUUCAGUGUCCAACUCAGCCCUGGCAAUUAUGCUUGCACAAACCUUGUUUCGAUUGAUGAGAACACAAUGACAUGUACUGCCGUUGACCUAGCUGACUACAUCACCUCAGUCUCAUUGACUAUUGAUGGCCAGACCAGUCCCAGCUGCCUCAUCCAAGUAUCCACUCCUACAAUCUCAUCGAUCAGUGCGACCGGAACCAACUCAAUACUCAUCUCUGGAUCUGGCUUCAGUCAAUAUGUCUCAAACAUCCAAAUAAUAGUAGACGGCGUCCAACAAACUGACAUCACUAUCACAUUGGACAACAAUGGAAACAUCAUUGCUUCUAACUUCCCAGCCUCCUCAUCGAUCAGUAGCCUCUGUGUUAUUUCAGACGCCAGUACUUGUUCCAACUCAGUUGACGUUCAAUUUGCUCCGGUGUUGACAGCGAUCACAAGCGCUGAUACGAGUGGAAGCCAAGUGACUGUGUCUGGAUCAAACUUAUAUGUUUCAAGCUACUCGGGAUCAAUCAGCCAAGUCCUCAACCUUGAUUCCACCCAGUUGUCUCCUUCAAAUGUCAUAUCAUCCACUAGCUGGGUGUUUGACAUCCCACCAGGCACCGGAGCCGGACACUCGGUCACGGUGACGAUCAACGGUAUGACCUCCAACCAAAUCACACUCACCUACCAGAGUCCAGUGAUCACCGACUACCUUCAGAAUGGCACAGCAAUCCUCAUUGAAGGAAACAACUUUGCUCCUUCCGGCCCUUCCUCCUUGACGAAACUGUAUGUCGGUGGUCUGAGUGCCACCAUCGUUGAUUCCAGACACAACUGGGUAAUGGCAUUACUUCCACCCACUGCUCGCAACGGUCAGAUGAUGCUCUCUGUGGACGGUUUGAGCGUAAACAGUACUCUGGUGUUGGAGCCAACCGUCCAAACUGUAUCCUCCGUCCCAACGCAUGGCGGCACCAUCACCCUGAUGGGCACAUUCCUCAACAUUGUCGAUCAGAAGGGUGCCAAGCUCGACGUGUCCAUUGUGUUACUGCCAUGGGUGGUGGACUGCAACAGGAUCUCCACUCUUCCACCUUCCAAUGGAUACACAUACAUAUCUUGUCACUCACCGGAUAGCGGCACCAACCUGUUCACAUCGUUGAAUCUGACUAUCAAUGGAUUCAUGGCCACUGCUCCAGUAACAAGUUUUGUCGGUGGAUUCGCCAGCACUCUUCUCCCAUCAAUGGCCUUUGCCAUUACCCUUGUACUUCUUGUACUUUCCAUCAUCGUUUAA